GCUCUUGUUUUCUCGAAGGCCAAAACCCUAAUUCUGCUCAAAAGGCCAAAAACCUCUCUUACCUUUCUUCUCCGAGCCGCCCACUUCGCCUUCUUCUUCAACAACUACCUGCAGCUUCUCCAGCUCCUGCCGCCGAAAACAAUAGAGAAAAUGACCGAGGAAGUAAAUCCCAAGGCUUAUCCUUUGGCGGACAACCAGCUGUCCAUCACCAUCCUCGACCUCAUCCAGCAAGCCGCCAACUAUAAGCAACUGAAGAAGGGCGCCAAUGAAGCGACAAAAACUCUUAACAGGGGAAUUUCAGAGUUCGUUGUCAUGGCCGCGGAUACCGAGCCAAUCGAAAUCCUUCUCCACCUUCCCUUACUGGCAGAGGACAAGAAUGUACCGUAUGUCUUUGUUCCUUCAAAGCAGGCUCUUGGAAGAGCUUGUGGGGUUACAAGGCCCGUGAUUGCUUGUUCAGUUACCAGCAAUGAGGGGAGCCAACUGAAAUCACAAAUCCAGCAAUUGAAGGAUGCAAUUGAGAAGCUGCUCAUAUAAACGGGGAAACAUUCCAGCAUGAAGGGCCUCAGAAUAGUUGAUUGGAGGCUUGGACUGAUGUUCUGUAUGCUUCUUAAGAGUUAAGUAGUAUCUAUUGAACCUUUAGUUCGUUUGUAAGAACAUAUAAUGUUUCCUGCAUGCGAAAUUCUAUAUCUGUUGUUUGUAAACUCAAAUGAGUGUGCCCUUUAAGGUGUGUGGAGCUAUUAUUGCUGUUCAAACUUCAAGUAGAUUAUCAUUUAAAUUUUAUUGCACUCUACGCUUACA